AUGGUGAUCAAGCGCUACGACGAUCGAGCAAGAAACCACCAAAUGAAUGAUCAAACAACUGCUUCCCAGGCAGACCAGGGCUUGAAAAAAACGCGCACUGGUCGCAAAAGUCCAAAAUUUCCAAUUGAGCUGUGGAAUGUCUAUGAUCGGGUAAGUGAAAAUCUUCCUCGUACUAACAAUUCUAUUGAAGGUUGGCACAAUGCAUUUGCUCAACGCGUUUCAAUUGCUCAUCCAACGAUUAACAAGUUAACUGAUAAGAUUCGAACGGAACAAUCUAAAUUCGAACUUGAUAUCGCGUUAAUUCGUCUAGGUCAACAACCAGAAGCAAAAAAAAACAACUUAUCAAAAAAUCGAAGAUAG